AUGGAGAUCCAGGUCCCAGAUGAGCCCGUGGUGCUGGAUGUGGGGCUGUCUUCCUGCUGGCAGGGUGCCAUGGAGAUCCAGGUCCCAGAUGAGCCCGUGGUGCUGGAUGUGGGGCUGUCUUCCUGCUGGCAGGGUGCCAUGGAGAUCCAGGUCCCAGAUGAGCCCGUGGUGGCUCUUUUCGGCCGAGAUGCCACCCUGCGCUGCUCCUUCUCUCCCGAGGCCAACUUCAGCCUCGCCGACCUGAGCCUCAUCUGGCAGCUGACGGACACCAAGCGCUUGGUCCACAGCUUCUCUGAUGGCCAGGACCAGCUGGCAGACCAGGUCGGGAGCUACGCCAACCGUACGGCCCUCUUCUACGACCAGCUGGCCCAGGGCAACGUCUCGCUGCUCCUCCGACGCGUGGAGAUCUCGGAUGAGGGCAGCUUCACCUGCUUCGUCCGGGUCCGGGACUACAGCAGGGCAGCGGUGACAUUGCAGGUGGCAGCUCCGUACUCCAAGCCCAAUAUGAACCUGGAGCCCAACAAGGACUUGAAGCCAGGAGAUCUGGCUGUUGUGAGUUGUCACUCUUCCCGUGGCUACCCCGAGGCCAGCGUCCUCUGGCAGGACAGCCGGGGCAGCAACAUCACGGAAAACGUCACCACAUCCCAGGUGGCCAACGAGGAAGGCCUUUUUGACGUGCACAGUGUCCUCCAGGUGCUGGUAGAGCCCAGCAUCACCUACUUCUGCCUGGUGCGAAACCCGGUGCUGCAGCAGGAGACCCAGGCCUCCGUCACCAUCACCCCUCACCACCCUCCCGCAGGUGCCAUGGAGAUCCAGGUCCCAGAUGAGCCCGUGGUGGCUCUUUUCGGCCGAGAUGCCACCCUGCGCUGCUCCUUCUCUCCCGAGGCCAACUUCAGCCUCGCCGACCUGAGCCUCAUCUGGCAGCUGACGGACACCAAGCGCUUGGUCCACAGCUUCUCUGAUGGCCAGGACCAGCUGGCAGACCAGGUCGGGAGCUACGCCAACCGUACGGCCCUCUUCUACGACCAGCUGGCCCAGGGCAACGUCUCGCUGCUCCUCCGACGCGUGGAGAUCUCGGAUGAGGGCAGCUUCACCUGCUUCGUCCGGGUCCGGGACUACAGCAGGGCAGCGGUGACAUUGCAGGUGGCAGCUCCGUACUCCAAGCCCAAUAUGAACCUGGAGCCCAACAAGGACUUGAAGCCAGGAGAUCUGGCUGUUGUGAGUUGUCACUCUUCCCGUGGCUACCCCGAGGCCAGCGUCCUCUGGCAGGACAGCCGGGGCAGCAACAUCACGGAAAACGUCACCACAUCCCAGGUGGCCAACGAGGAAGGCCUUUUUGACGUGCACAGUGUCCUCCAGGUGCUGGUAGAGCCCAGCAUCACCUACUUCUGCCUGGUGCGAAACCCGGUGCUGCAGCAGGAGACCCAGGCCUCCGUCACCAUCACGGGCCAACACCUGGGCUUCCCCGCCGUGGCUCUCUGGGUGACGGUGGGACUCGCUGUCUGCGUCGUGGGGCUCCUUGCUGUCCUGGUGUACGUGUGCCAGAAGAAGAUCCGUGAGAGCCUGGAGGAAGAGGAGGAAAACGCAGGCAAUACAGCAGGGACGGAGGAGCAGGACGAGGAGGGGGGGGAACCCAAGACAGCCCUGCAGCUGCUGAAGAGCCCGGAGAGCAAGGAGGAUAAUGAGCAAGAAAUUGAUUGAUGGAAGCUUGGAUGCCCCCAAGCCGGCACCUUGUGCCCUGGACCAGCUGAGGUAUCUCCAGCAGGGAUGAGCUUUGGGUCCCCUGGAGAGGGCACGGACCUGCUGCCACCCCUCGUCCUGGGCCCUGUCACCAUCCUCCUUCCUCAGCCACGUCUUCGGGGCACCCUGGGGCUGGAGAGAGGCUGCAUCUCUUUAUCCCUGGUGAGCCCUGAAGACCAGAUCCUUCCUGGAGAUGGUGUGGGUGGGGAGGAGGCUCCUCCUUGUCUGUCUGUCCAUCCCCACACUGGGCUGAGAGCAACCAGGGUUGACUGUUCCCUCCAGCACCCUCUGUGCCUGCUCUUGUGGCUCCACAACCGAGCCAGCCUCCCUCCAGGUGCCUUCCAGAGCAAAUUUUGGUGCCCUUCCCAAGCCCAGAGGCCUUGAGAGGGUUGAUGGGCUCAG